GCAUGCUGGGAUUACAGGCAUGAGCCACUGUGCUUGGCAUCUAUUCAUCUUUAAUGCCAAGUAGGCAACUGAAUAUUCCGACCAUGGAUAGGAUUGUUUACGUGGGGCACAUAGACACACUCGAAGUCAUGGAUCUGGUGGAAAUCACUGAAGGGGUGGCGUAGAAGAGGAGAGGGGUCCCAAGAUCAAGCCAGCAAAGGAGGCAGGAAAGGCCCCAGGAUGCAGGCCCUGGUGCUUCUCCUCUUGACUGGAGCCCUCCUCGGGAACAGCAGCCGCCAGAACCCCUCGGGCCGCCCGGAGGAGGGCUCCCCAGACCCCGACAGCACAGGGGUGCCGGUGGAAGAGGAGGAUCCCUUCUUCAAGGUCCCUGUGAACAAGCUGGCAGCGGCGGUCUCCAACUUUGGCUAUGACUUGUACCAGGUACAAUCCAGCAUGAACCCCAAUGCCAAUGUGCUGCUGUCUCCACUCAGCGUGGCCACCGCGCUCUCCACCCUCUCGCUGGGAGCGGAGCAGCGAACGGAAUCCAUCAAUCACCCGGCUCUCUGCUACGACCUCAUCCUCCUCCUCGGCGUGGCACACUUCAAGGGGCAGUGGGUAACAAAGUUUGACUCCAGAAAGACUUCCCUGGAGGAUUUCCACUUGGAUGAAGAUAGGACUGUAAGGGUCCCCAUGUCAGACCCUAAGGCUAUUUUGCGCUAUGGCUUGGAUUCUGAUCUCAACUGCAAGAUUGCCCAGCUGCCCUUGACUGGAAGCAUGAGUAUCAUCUUCUUCCUGCCCAUGAAAGCGACCCAGAAUUUGACCUUGAUAGAAGAGAGCCUCACCUGUGAGUUCAUUCAUGAGAUAGACCGAGAACUGAAGACCGUCCAAGCGGUCCUGACCGUCCGCAAACUGAAGCUGAGUUACAAAGGCGCUGUUACCAAGUCCCUGCAGGAGAUGAAGCUGCAAUCCCUGUUUGAUUCACCAGACUUUAGCAAGAUCACAGGCAAACCUAUCAAGCUUACUCAAGUGGAACACCGGGCUGGCUUCCAGUGGAAUGAGGAUGGGGCAGGGGCCACCCCCAGCCCAGGGCUGCAGCCUGCCUACCUCACCUUCCCCCUGGACUAUCACCUCAACCAGCCUUUCAUCUUCGUACUGAGGGACACAGACACUGGGGCCCUUCUCUUCACUGGCAAGAUUCUGGACCCCAGGGGCACCUAAUACCCCAGUUUCAUAUUCCAGUGCCCUAGAAGAAGACCCCAGAGGGACAGAUUCCACACCACCCGAAGGCUGCCCCAUUACCUUUCAGUGCAUACAAUAGAAGAGCUCGAUCCUUAAAA